ACGCCGCCCGCCGCUGCCGCCCGCCUGCGUCCGUCGCCCCGCUCUCUCAUUAUUUCUCUUUCCCAACUUCCCUCUGUGCACAGAGUCCCCCGUCUCCCUCAGCGACAACGCCGCCGCGGCCGCCGCCUCUGCUGCAAACCAGCAGCAACGAGUCGGCGACACGUUGCAGCCGAGCUAGCCUUGCGAGAUCACUAUUCUGCUGGUCCGGAGAGGAGAAUGGAGGCGGCCCCAGCGCCGGCGGCAGCGGAGACGCAGCACCGCCACGGCGGAUGCUUGUCUGUUAAGACGUUCAUGCCACCCGGGCCGGUGGCGCGAUGCUCCUCUCAGGCAGCUGGAUCUUCUGAUCAGGCGUCAUGUGGAUCACCAAGAUGGAUAGGGAAAAGCCUCUCUUGUGUAUGCAUCAAAAGGAAAGGGGCAUACGAGAGAAUAUGCGUGAACCUUACACCUGUGCAGGAACAGAGGCUUCAGAGGUUGAGGCACCGCAUGAAGGUUUAUUUUGAUCACUCAAGGCGAGAUCAUCAGGAAGCCUUGAGAGCUCUUUGGUAUGCAACAUACCCUGAUCAAGAACUUCAAGGUUUGGUCUCUGAACAGUGGAAGGACAUGGGCUGGCAAGGAAGAGAUCCAUCAACUGACUUCAGAGGCGCAGGAUUCAUAUCUCUAGAGAAUCUUCUAUUCUUUGCAAAGACAUUCUCUGCGUCAUUUCAGAGGCUACUACAGAAACAAUGCGGCAAUCGAGCCACUUGGGAGUACCCGUUUGCAGUUGCUGGUGUAAAUAUCACAUUCAUGAUCAUGCAGAUGCUGGAUCUCCAGUCUAUGAAAUCAAUUGCAGCUAAACCGAGAACGUUCGUUAAAGCUGUUUUUGUCCAAAUGCUUUCAGAGGAUGAAUGGGCAUUUGAUCUGCUCUACUGUGUUGCUUUCCUUGUGAUGGACAAGCAGUGGGUAGAGAAGAACGCUUCUUACAUGGACUUCAAUGAGAUACUGAAGUCAACGCGAGCGCAGCUGGAGAGGGAGCUUCUGCUGGACGAUGUGAUGAGGAUUGAAGAUAUGCCAUCAUACAGACUGCUUUGCUAGGGGUCAUAUCUGUUGGAAUGAUGUCUGAGCUCAUUCAUGAUCCGUGUUCAUUUUUUUUAUAAAGGACUUUUAUCACUUAAAAGGUUUAACCAUUA